ACAGCAUCUUACUAACAAUACUUUAAUCACAGCCCUUCCACGAUUUACAGAGGGGAAAGAUACUGAAUCACGCCUUUAAUCUGCAGACACAUGAGCUGCAGUAUUGGUAGAGCUCCCUUUCCUUCCUUGAGUCAUCCUCACUGGACCUGUCUGAGACCCUCAGCAGCUCAAUCCACAUUGGCACUCAGCAUCGUGCAAGCCCCCAGUUCCUCACUAGCUAGAGGCCUACAUUUCAGAUCCUUGGGCGCAUUAGUGUUGCGGGUCACAUUGUGCCGGAGGGGCCGAGCGAUUUCCAAAUGGGGAAGGAAAAGUAUUUUGAAACUAAGCUCUGAUCUACACUACAACCUUAUGUGGGUGUAACCACAUCACUCGGGUGUGGAAAACGCACACCCCUGUGCAACGUAAGUUAAACCAACUUAGCACUGUCUACAAGGGGGGCUAUGUCAACACGAGGAUUUCCCCUGUCAGCAUAGCUACUGCCUCUCAUUGGGGUGGAUUAAUUAAGUCGACAGGAGAGCUCUCUCCUGUUGGCUCAGUGCAGCUCCACUAGGGUGGAGCAGUGGCGCCGCUGCAUGCACUGUAAGCUCUCUAGUGGAGUCAUAGCCCCAGUCUGCACAGGGAGUAGGCUGCAGAUUCACAGCCUUGCCAAUGAAAGAGUAAAGAGACCCUCCAGCUAAAUGGAUGAGAAGUGGACAGAGACAGCUUCUGGGAAGCUGAGCAUGAGAAUUUCUAAGCAAACACAUGCUUCCAUCAGUUGGAUGCUACUGAAUCCAGCUCCAUGAACCAACUGGGAUAGGGUAUAUGUAGGUGAAGACAAGUCUGAUCCAGCAGACACUCAUACCCAUGAGUAACAUUAUGCCCAAACUUCAGGUGGAAUUAUACACCUGACUAAAGAUAUACUUGUAUGGGCAGACUCAAGCCUUAAUGUGCAAGGAAUGAUCUAAUGUCUGAACAAAAGCUGCAUUUCCAAGCGACGCUUCUGCCAGCAUGCUGUGCCAUGCUGAGUGUUCAAUGCCUCCUCAGCUAAGUGAGACUCUGGCUUGAAUUGUUUUGGGUUUUUUUUUUAAUGCAAAGAAUUAAACAAAAGUCAGAGGGGGUGGAUGGAUCUUCUCAUGGGCCUUAAUAAGCCCAACAUGAUUUACUAACCAAGUCACUAUAAUUCAUAAUAGAAAGGGCCAAGCCUCUGCUGUACUCACAAAGGCAGCAUGAAUGGAGGCCAUCUGGCAGACCUAUACAGAAGCACAUGGCUCAGCUUACAGGUGCAGUGGGAAAUGGCUUGGUUCCCCUCCAACCAAAUUGCUUCUCCUACGCUCAUGGUUUGUAUGCUGUGUGGGUCCCAGGAUGUCAAGGUAGGUGAGGUAAUAUCUUUCAUUGAAUAGAAGCUGGUCCAAUAAAAACUACUACCUCACCCACCUUGUCUCCUAUUCCCCACAGGAAUUGGGUACAAAUGGCCAAAUUCAUUCCUAGCACAGCUCUGUUAAAGCCCAAGCAGGGAGCCAGGCUUACGGAGCCUUUCCCUCUGGUCUCCUCUCCCCCUACUCCAGCCAGGAGCAUUCCUCUUCUCUUGGCGUUCUGCUGCUGGGGAAUUAAGAGUUGCUUUUUGGGCUCCAUCCACUUCAGGACAAAGUGAUGAGCAAACACCUGAGCUAGACAAUCCUGCCUGUGUUUCCUUUCCUCCUCUUUGGCCUCCUGCUUUCCCUUCCCAUCCCAUUCCCCAUCCCUGUCAAGUGAGAAGGUGGAUCAGGUUUGCAGACCUGGUUCUUAAGCAAAGCCACAACAGGCAGCCUAUUGUCUAUGGGCUGCUGUUAGGAUUCUAACUGGAGCAAACCCAAAUUCACCUGGAGCCUCCCCUCUUCCUCCUACUGGAGCUGGGCCAUCAAGGAGAUCCACAAGGGGCACCUGGAGGGGUGGGGAAAGGAGCAACACAUGGUUAUUAACAAAUAAGCAUGGAGACCAGUUGGGGGUGGUUUCCAAGAGAUGCAAGUGCAUCUGGGCUUUAUCAUUAUUUGUGUAAUGUCAAAGGUGUGCUUGUGUUUUACCGACAGGCGUCUGGUCCUGGGACCAGGUCCUAUUAAACAGGAGGGGAGAGGUUUCUGGGGUGGGAGUGCUACACUCCUUGGAAUAUGCCCCUGCGGAUGAAAUUUUUCGAUGUAAAUAUCUGCAUUACAGGUGGCUGCCAAGGUACAUUGUUCACAUUCUGGUGGAGCAGAGAGAGAUGCCACCUUAGCCUGGUCCCUGUCUCCUUCCUCUGGAGGAACAGCAGGGGAGGUGCUCUAAUGAUACACGAUAACUAAGAGAUGGAAAGAAGUUUCUCUUCAGUCUACCUUCUCUGCAGCUACAGCCAAGGACAGGUAGUCUCAGCCUCAACACAUCACCUCUCUCCCUGCUGCUCCCUCUACCCAGCAGGUAGGAUGGGGAUAGAGCUCUACCUGGACUUGCUCUCACCACCCUGCCGAUCCGUCUACAUCUUUGCCAAGAAGAACAACAUCCCCUUCACAUUCAAACAAAUGGAGGUACUCAAAGGGCAACAGCACAGUGACGGAUUUGGCAAGGUGAACAUCCUGAGGAAAGUGCCAGCACUGAAGGAUGGAGGUUUCACCUUAGCAGAGAGCCCUGCAAUUCUUACCUACCUGAGUCAGAAGUAUAAAACCCCUGACCACUGGUACCCAUUGGAUAUGAAGAAACGAGCCCGGGUAGAUGAAUACCUGUCUUGGCAUCAUUCUGCCAUCCGGUCAAGUGUUUUCAAGAUAUUCUGGCUCAAGAAUAUGGACAGGACCUUCUGUCCGAGGGCCUCAACCUUUGCAAAAGGGUUGGAAGGACUAUGGCUUACUAAGUGUCUGACUGAUUGGAGACCUCUGGUGGUGUUUCCUUUAUACAUGGACCAGACAGCUCCUGAAGAGAAGCUGCAGGAAGCGUUAGAGGACCUGACCAUUCCCCUGAAGCAAUUAGAGGAGAAGUUCCUGCAGGACAAGCCCUUCCUUGUAGGCAACAUGAUUUCUCUGGCAGACCUGGUGGCAGUUACAGAGCUCAUGCAGCUCCAUGUGUGGCUGCUCUUAGCUGUGAGGGAAGAACUCCACAUCAUAUGGGAAACGAAACACUUCACAGCCCAUCACUCUCUGCUCAGCUACAGAAACUGAGGAAUAGUCUUAAAGUGUAGCUGUAACUCCGAAAAAUGACUCUGUAAAAGGGGUGGGUUCGUUGUUUACUGCCUUGAAGUGACUCUAGACCAAAUUGCUCAGAAGACUCUUGCAGAUAGAUUGAAGUUUAACAGCAAUCCCUAUGCCUCCUAGAAAAUGCAGAGCAGGAAUCCUAGCAACCUGUGUGUAUCAAAAUAAACAAAAACUAUGGAGAUUGUUUCCAACUCAAUUCAACCUGAGAGCUCCCUUGUGCUCAGAGCCCUAAAGCUUUUUCAUAGUGCUAUGUAACAAUCAUAUGUGUGAUAAAUAAAACGGCAGCAAAUCC